AUGGGUAAGAUUUGGUUUGUGGUGGAUCUGGUUGAACGCUCGGAUCGAGAGCUGGGUCUUGGAACCAGAACAGACAAAUCCCAGCUCCGCCACUCGUGCUACCUCGCGGACCGUAGCAAGAUCCAGGACCCGAGCAGUGCGCCCAUCUGUGAUAUAGGAGUACGCGGACCGAAAGAACUGCCCGUGACCAGCUCAUCUCAGAUCCACGGCGCGGAUAGACAGUCUCGCUCUUUCCCUGUACGGAAGUCCCCGAUGCCUCCACCGGCCCCAACCAGCCGAGAGGCAGAGCGGCGUCCGCAAUGGGGUGCGCUACACAAGGGCACCGGCGCGGGCCCGGCUUCCCUUCCUCUUCUUCGUCAGGCUCCGGUGUACCCAGAUAGCCGCACCCGCAGGUGA